AUGGACAUGGUCGGUUCCAGUGACUUCCACGUUCAGGAUAAUGAACUUGAAUCUCACAUUGUUGAUGCACCACGCAAUGUGAAGGCCCGAGCUGAACAGGAGGCAAAGUGGGCUGGAGACUACGAUGGCCGACAGCACUGGUCUUUGCGGGAAGCGUAUUUGAAACAUCGGGCUCGAUUGCAAGGGGCGCAGCGUGAUUUGUAUCGAGUGAAGUUGCUGUUGGAUGCCCACUUCUUGUCGCAGUCGUCCUGCCUUAAGGACCUGGACCUUUCAAUCCUGGAGCGCGUGGCGGACUUUGGCUUUGCCCAAGGUCCUGCAGUGGGGUUUCUGGCGGGCUGGCGCAAGCCCAAACCCACCUCAAAUCCACACAUCAGGUUCAUGGCUCGCAAGCGGCCGUUAUUGCCUUUUGAGGUUGCUGCAGGUGACUGGGAUUGCGUGACGAUAUCCAGGAGUGCAGCACGAGUGGUUUGUCACGAUGGCCGCCUACACCGCACUGGACGCAGAUUAGAAAUGCUUCACAAAAAAUUUGUUUUGGAUCAAGCCUAUGACUCAUCAGUAUCUGACAGUGAGUUCUACGCAGAUGCCGUGAGGCCGCUGGUUGCUUCACUGACUGGAGCGGAGGCCACCAUCAUUUGCUACGGCCAGACUGGCACGGGCAAAACUCACACAUUCAACGCAUGCUGGAAGCGCAUUGGAAACGACCUUGCGGGGUGCACGAUUUCCGUGACUUUCUUUGAAAUCCACGGAAAAAAGUGCUACGACCUGCUGCAGCAGCGUAAAGAAGUGACUCUGCGGGCAGAUGGGGAUGAACGUGUUCAUGUAAGGGGCGCUACAACUCUGACAGCUGCAGCCACAGAUGUCGCCAGUCUCUUGGAAGAAGCGCUGUUGCUGCGCCGCUCUGAAUCUACGGAGGGGAACCCUUUGUCUUCGAGAAGCCACGCAGUUUGCGUCCUUUCGAUUGAGGGUGGUGGCAGCAUCAGAUUUGUAGACCUGGCUGGGUCUGAGCGAAACUAUGAGACGAGAUUCAUGACAGCGCAGCAGCACAGGGAUUUUGCUGAGAUCAACAAGUGGAUUAGAACGGUGAACAACGGCCUCUUCAAGUACCUGGUGCUGCCGCCGAAGAUCACAGGUGAGAUGCUGCUGCAUCUCUCUUCCCAGGCCUUGUCAGAGCUCUUUGACAUGAGCCUUCGUGCUGCUCGUGGUGUUGGCGAGGGCGAGGCCUGGAAUGAGGCUCUUGCAAAGGAUGUGGGCAUUCGUGUGGGGCGGAUGCUGUUCGCUGCGGUGCGGAAGGAGGCAAUGCGCUGGCCUUCAACGGACAAUUGGUUAAUUUGUCGGCGUGAAGAGCGUGAACUUGAGGAAAGUUUGGGUUUGCCACCUGAAUCUGAGCGUCACUGUGAGUUCUUCUUCUGGGGUGAGACGGUGCCAAGGAACAGGACCGAUGGCCCAGACUGA